AUGAAGAGAGUCUUCGGUGUCAAGAAGAACAAAGACCCCCCUCCUUCUAUUGAAGAUGCCAAUGAAAGGAUUACUAAACGUGGAGAUUCAGUGGAUGAAAAAAUUAAGAAACUUGAUGCGGAACUUAGUAGAUAUAAGGAGCAGAUCAAGAAAACAAGACCUGGUCCUGCCCAGGAAGCUGUUAAAGCUAGAGCUAUGAGAGUUCUUAAGCAAAAGCGAAUGUAUGAAGGUCAACGGGACAUGCUGUAUAAUCAGACAUUCAAUCUUGAUCAAGUUCAAUUUGCUGCCGAGGGCAUUAAAGAUGCUCAACAAACUAUGUCAGCUUUGAAGUCUGCCAACAAGGAGUUGAAGGGGAUGAUGAAAACUGUGAAGAUACAAGACAUUGAUAACUUGCAAGAUGAGAUGAUGGACCUGAUGGAUGUUAGUAAUGAAAUCCAAGAGACUUUGGGUAGAAGCUAUAAUGUGCCUGACGACAUUGACGAGGAUGAACUUAUGGGUGAACUUGAUGCAUUGGAAUUAGACAUGGGAAAUGAAACUGAAGCUGAUGGUGUCCCCUCCUAUCUCCAACCUGAUAAAGAAACUGAUUUGGAGGCAGAGCUUAACCUACCUCCAGCUCCAACAGGACAAACAACAGUACCAGCUGGCAGAUCCAAUCCCCAAAAUGAAGAUGAACUGGGUUUACCUGCCGUCCCCCGGGCAUCCUUACGUGGUUAGGUUAGAGAAUGAUGCUGCUUCUUCUUUUGUCUACCGUGAGAUGCAGACAUGAGUCAGGGCCCUGUAAAGUUGUGCAGAACUUGCUUGAUUUAUUUAGCCAUUUCUUGGUCUGGGGAUGUUUGGAAAUUAUUUGACUUGUGCUACUUAUUUCCUGUAAUAAGCCUUUUGGAAUCAUGAUUGACAUUUUGUACUAUACUAUUUUAUCAAGAAAAAAGAAUUAUUUGUACUACACUAGAAAAAGAAAAAAAAGGGGGUUUUGUAUGCACUAUUGAGAUUUGGUAAGGAGAAUGGGUUACCGAUUUA